GCCCAAAGACUGGAGCUCGAGCGUGAGCCUAAAUGGGGGAAUCCCCUCGGCCGCGCGGUAGUAUAAAUACGUAGAGAGUGAGAGGAGCCUGGUUCAUUCAAGGCGAGCAUGUACUGCGUAACGAUAUCAGUGGCAGUGAUCAUACUGCUGUUAGUACUGUUAGUGGCUUACCUCGCGCGUCCGGCACCUCGUCGCCGCGACGUCGUUCAACACUACCGCGAGCUGCACCUACACAUCGCUCAGCCGAGAGCGGAAGAAUCGACUGCAAACCCUUCAGAGCUGGUGACUGGAAUUGUGAACGGGCCUCUGUUUGGAGCUGUGGUU